GAACGGUGCUCCACCUCCGACGCUGUAUUUCUCUUUAUACAUCCAUGCUUGCUAAAUUCUGCACUCCGUAUGUGUGAAAAUGUUAACCAUUCCUACGUUUUGAUAUCACAUAUGCAGUCACGGUCAGCGCUUUUAUAGCCACGAGAUCAAUGACGGCUUUGGUCAGCCAUGGCUGUCGUGUCAUGGAAGGAAAUUUUACUUUUGACUGGACUGGUGGUGGGAUGUUACUGGAACAGUCUGUCCUGCGGCUUUGUGUUUGAUGAUGUCUCAGCAAUCCUUGACAACAAGGACCUACGACCCUCAACCCCUCUCCGCAACCUAUUCCUCAAUGACUUCUGGGGAACACCCAUGUCUGAGGAGCGGAGCCAUAAAUCUUACCGACCCUUGACGGUACUCACCUUUCGACUGAACUACCUCUUCAGUGAGCUGAGCGCAGCCUCCUACCAUCUUCUCAAUGUUGUUUUACACGCCGUAGUGUGUGUGCUGUUCCUGCGAGUGUGCCGGUUGUUCCUGGACAACACUUCCAGCUUGGUGGCAGCAUUGCUGUUUGCUGUGCACCCCAUCCACACUGAAGCUGUCACAGGCGUGGUGGGUCGAGCAGAACUUCUUUCCUCCAUCUUUCUCCUGGCUGCUUUCCUGGCCUACACAAAAUCCACAGGGAGAGACCACUCCAUUGUUUGGGCUCCCAUCGCUGUGACGGUGGUUCUAGUGGCUGCAGCGACACUAUGCAAGGAGCAGGGAAUCACUGUGGUCGGCAUCUGCUGUGUCCAUGAAGUGUUUGUUGCACAAGGGUUUACCUUGCCCAUGCUGCUGGACACACUGCGGCAAGUGCUGCAGGGUAAAGACGGUUUCCCCUACGCUAUCCUGCAGACUCUGCUGAAGCUCAUCGUCCUCAUCAUCAGCACACUGCUGCUCGUCAUCGUCAGGGUGCAAAUCAUCCAGUCGCAGCUCCCUGUCUUCACCAGAUUUGAUAACCCGGCCGCCGUCAGCGUCAUUCCCACGAGACAACUGACCUUCAACUAUCUUCUCCCUGUGAAUGCGUGGCUUCUGCUGAAUCCCUCGGAGCUCUGCUGCGACUGGACCAUGGGCACCAUCCCUCUGGUGGAGUCAGUCCUAGACCACCGUAACCUGGCCACCCUGGUGUUCUACACCUUUCUGGGCCUGCUAGCGUACCACAGCCUGCGCUACAGCCACAGCUCCUCAAAGACCGUCAUCAUGGCCCUGUCCUUCAUCGUCCUGCCUUUCAUCCCUGCGUCAAACCUCUUCUUCCCCGUGGGGUUCGUGGUGGCGGAGAGGGUCCUCUAUGUGCCCAGUAUGGGCUUCUGUGUUCUCGUUGCACAUGGAUUCAAGAUCAUCUCACAUAAAGGGUACUUUAAGAAGAUGUCCUGGUUGGUAAUCGGGGUGCUCCUGGCCACACACGCAGUGAAAACGUUUAACAGGAAUUGGGACUGGGAGUCUGAGUAUACCCUGUUCACCUCUGCCCUGAAGGUCAACAAGAACAACGCCAAGCUGUGGAAUAAUGUUGGUCACGCUCUGGAAAACCAAAACAAUUACGCCAGGGCUCUGCGGUACUUUCUCCAGGCUACACGCGUCCAGCCGGAUGACAUUGGUGCUCACAUGAAUGUUGGAAGGACCUACAAGAACUUGAACAAGUCCAAAGAGGCAGAAGAUGCGUACUUGAUUGCCAAAUCCCUCAUGCCACAGGUUAUUCCAGGUAAGAAGUACGCGACUCGUGUGGCCCCUAACCAUCUGAACGUUUACAUAAACCUAGCUAAUCUGAUACGGGCCAACGAAUCGAGGCUGGAGGAAGCCGACCAGCUCUACCGACAAGCCAUCAGCAUGAGGCCAGACUUCAAACAAGCCUACAUCAGCAGAGGGGAGCUGCUUUUGAAGAUGAACAAGCUGACAGAAGCACGGGACGCUUACCUCCGAGCCUUGGAGCUUGAUCGCACCAACGCUGACCUGUGGUACAACCUGGCCAUCGUCAACAUCGAGAUGAAAGACCCAUCGGAGGCUCUGAAGAACUUCAAUCACGCCCUGGAGCUGAACCCACGCCACAAACUGGCGCUCUUCAACUCAGCGCUUCUGAUGCAAGAGUCUGGUGAGCCAAAGUUCUGGCCCGAGGCGAACCGUCGCUUCCUGAUCUACGUGGAAGAAGAGCCCCAAGACGCCAACGGCUACUUCAACCUGGGCAUGCUGGCCAUGGACGCCAAUGAAAACGUGGCGGCCGAGCAGUGGAUGAAGAAAGCCAUCAGUUUGCAGCAGGGCUUCCGCAGCGCCCUGUUUAACCUGGCGCUGCUUUACUCUCAGUCCAAACGCGAGAUAGACGCGCUGCCCGCGUUGGAUGAGCUGCUGCGGCACCACCCGGAGCACAUCAAGGGCCUCAUCCUGAAGGGCGACAUCCUCAUGAACCACAAGAAGGACACGAAUGGCGCCAAAGGCUGCUUCGAGCGAAUCCUCAGCAUGGACCCCACCAAUGUGCAAGGCAAGCACAACCUGUGCGUGGUGUACUUCGAGGAGCGCGACCUGCCGCGGGCCGAGCGCUGCCUGGAGGAAACGCUGGCCCUGGCGCCCAACGAGGAGUACGUGCGACGCCACUUGAGCAUCGUUCGCAGCAAGAUGGCAGCGAUGAGCGCAGCAGGGCAGCCGCUCACCGCAGCAGGGGGGGGGGACACCGCGGCUGUUCAGGAGGAAAAGCCAAAGGGAGUGGAGGACAGGGAGGAGGAAGUGUCUGAGGGUGAGGAGGAAGGGAGGGGUGCUGAUGCCGUAGGGAAGGGGACUGGGAAUGAGAAGAAUGUGCGGAAAUCCUCCACAGAGAGUCUCGGAGGUGUAGGCGUCGACCAAUCGGAGUCUUUGGACAGUAGCCAGUCUGACAAGCGGACUAAGGGUAAGUCCACUAAAGAGAUUACAGAUAUAGAGGAGAAACGAGCAGCCGCCCUGAAGAGACUGGAGGAGAUCGAGCGCAUAUUGAGUGGUGAUUGACAGGGUUGUAAUUUAUAGCUGGACUACUUUUAUAGCGCUCCGGGAUAAGACUGCAUUUCCCAGUGUGUACUCUUAUUUACACCCUUUUUGAUUGACUCCCUCGUUUGCAGGCUGCUCCACAUGUUCUGAUUUGACACUAAUCAUGUAAAGAAGGGAAAUCUGCACACGUAACAAUAAGCACAAAUUGGGAUGAUCUAUUUAAAACCAGACGUGUGCUUCAUCUGAAUGUCCACAUAUCUGCCAUAGUUAUAAAUAUGAGUUGUUUUUCUCUGUGUAGUCCUUGUUUAUCACUGGAUAAUAUGUGACUCACUCCUAUGAGUGAUUGUCUUUAAAAACAGAAUGAUUGUAUCCCGAACAAUUAAAGGAAGUGACGCGUUACCAGAUUUCCUCAAGGCAAGGAUGAUAAGUGUGCCUCAGAAUAACACCGAGAGUAUUUUCUCUCGCACAAAACUAAUCUCCAUUGAUCUCGCUCUGCGCUUCCUGCCACUACAUCAUCAUCCUCACAGCUGCCUUUCCACCAAAUGUAAUUGUGAUGGCAGCUAAAAGACUAUUAUCUCACUCCCUUCGUCACAUUAGCCAUCUCAUCUCUGUCCGCCAGACUUGAGACACCACAGCCACGGUGGAGAUUUAGGUGUGUCCCACUCUUCUACCCCCCACACACACGCACACAUAAUUGUAUGCGACGGUCAACUAUGACGCACGCUCAUCCUCCGCAUCAUGUGUUCCUCAUUUUCAAGUUCCUUCGAAUCUACAGGAGGAAUUAUCACAGCACGUUUGCAGAAAACAGAUCUCCACAUUCAUCCCGCUCCGCAGCAGGGACCGACUAACGUUGGGUUGUUCCACAUUGAAGUUUUUAAUCGCCUUUGUGUUCACUUCCUGCAGCAUUCGUUCUUGUGAUCCCUCUAAAUCACAGAAUACUCGAGCUGGAAGGAAUCGAUUGUGCGUUAAGAAUCCAGAAAGGCUUGUCUUUGAAGAUACUGCGUGGCUCACAUAUUCCUAUAAUCGAUUAUUAAAAGAGUUUUGUUACGAAUAAAACGUAGAUACUUCUUCAGAGUGUUUCCUGCAGAAUUACAUCACAGACCUCUGCCAUCGUUUAUUUUCUAAUGAGAGAAAUUGGGAUUUCUUGAAGUCACGGAAAAUUAAGGAAAAGUAUAAAGUAAAAUCUGCUCAUUUGCAUGAUGUGUUUUCACGUCUAAAAACGCCAUAAUCUUCAACACUUAACUCUGCUUUCAUCCCAUCAUUCUUCACAUGUUUAUCAUCGUACAGCAGACUGAAGAAGGUCUGGACAUUAUAACCCUUAUGAACAUACUGAAGAGGAUUAGGGCCACACAUUUUUUGGGUCAAAAUUCUGACUUUAAACUCAAAAUUCGACAAAAAAUUCACUUUUGCGCCCAAAGGAAAUGUCACGUGACCCCAACCCUCUACCGUAUGAACCAAAUCACAAUUUUUACUUCUGAAUCAUGAAAUGCCAAACGCUUCACGUGCCCCAUCCUGACUUCCUCGACAGUUCCCAAUGUCAUUUAAGACCGCUCUAGGCGUCGACACGACAUAACUCUAUCAUGCUCCUGUUAAACACCUAGUGCCGGAGGAUUUAUAAAGCCUACAUUAUACCUGAUGUAAACAACACAGCAGCGUCCUGAUUCGACUCGAGUCGUGAGCAGACACUAGGACCCGAAAAAGUCAACAAUGUUGGAUUUGUGACGCUCAGAAUAAAGCGAUUUCAGUCCGUCUUCCUCUCGGGAUGAUCAUCAGAACUCCUGUUUUUGCGUCACAUUACAAUAACGGUAUGCUGACCCUCUCUGCUCGACUGAAAGGAAAGUAGUCUGAUUACUUUACAGCGGUGGUACUAAGGAGCCUUGCUAUGCAUCCACCUUUACAGUGAACUUGUAUCCAGUGUUAUUUAUUACGUUCAUGCCCUGCAAAUGCUGUAGAUGUAUUCUUUUUGUUAACCGGUUGCUUUGCAUUUACGGUGCAUUAUGUUAAAUGUCCUGUCACUAAUAAACCAUAGAUGUUUUUCACUUUGAAACACCAGAGCCAUGUCAGUGUUAAACACGUGUGUGUGAUAUCCAAUCAAACGUGGUACAGCGUUGAAUGAGGAGACAUGCAGUUUGUACAUUUAUUUCGCUGAGUGGCUGGUUUUUGUACUAUUUCUUUUUAUGCAAUAACCCUUGGUGGUGGUGGUGG